UUGCCUUUUCUCUCUUUGGACUUUCCCUGUCUCCAUUUCUUACAUUACCCAAACCCAUUCAAGACAAGAUAACGUUCCCUCUCUCAUUCUGCUCUCACCAAUGGCAACGUCUUCUUACCUUUUAAGCCACAUCCUCGUUAAAGAAUGGCGACCUCUGAUAGUGAAGAAAGAGAAUUCUGCUAUCUCUGAAGGAUUCAAAUAUCCUACCAGGAGAAGUUCAUAUCAUGGCCGUCGAGUCUCACGGUCCAGCACAUAUUGUUGCCAAGGAGCUACAAUUUCUACUAUUGAACUCUUGCCAUCCAAGUUAAUCAUUUCAGGGGAGCCGCCAUACAUUUUUGGUAUUGCAAGAAAUAUUAAUCUCAAUAUGCAAGUAUCACCAGAUGUUACCUCAGAUCUCACUAGGCGAUUGUUACUGGCAGAUUUGGAUCCUGCCACAGCUAAACUGGCAAUUAGUAUUUUAGGGCCCUUUCUCUCAGCAUUUGCCUUUCUAUUUAUUUUGAGAAUAGUGAUGUCUUGGUACCCUAAGCUGCCACUGGAGAAAUUUCCAUUUGUCAUUGCUUAUGCUCCCACUGAACCAUUUCUCAUCGCAACCAGAAAGUUGAUUCCACCUCUUGGAGGAGUGGAUGUAACUCCUGUAGUGUGGUUCGGAUUGGUCAGUUUCCUUAACGAGAUCCUCCUUGGCCCUCAAGGGCUUCUUGUCCUUAUCUCGCAACAGGCUAGCUAGUAUGCAUUGAAAGAUACGGUUCUGUGACAA